GUAGUUUGGAGGAGAACUGGUGUUGACCAGAAGGAUUAGAGAAUUAGGGAUUGGGAAACCCUGCCCAAGCACAGAGGACUGAGAGAAACCUGGCCCAAUGGGAAAGAGGGUGCCACAUGGAUUGUGACACCACAAGCUUCCCUCACCAAUUGCCGCAGCUAAGAUUCUGAGGGAUGAGUUCUAGGAUUCUGAGGAUCAGCAGCAAGAGGUUCUGUGAGCAGCACAGCAGAAUCAGUGACAGGAGGCCCACCGAUGUCAAGAGAGUUCGCUCUGGGCCCGUGUGGAAUAGAGACACUGUUCUUCAGCUGACUGGCAGGAGAGGAAAGCGAAGACUCCUUGAGGUUUUCCAAAGAGGUCCGGGCUGGCUGCUUUAGGAAAACUUGAGGUGUCUUACACUUUUAAUCCUCCGGUCAGUGAUUGCCUUGGGAGCAUAUUGUGGUGAAUUGGUGGAAUAAAAGGAAACUGCUCUCCUGGCCCUUGAUAUCUAGUUAAGUGUUUGACUGACAGAAUGUUGGUGCCAGCAUUGGAAGAAUUGAUCAGCCUCAACUCCAGAUCUCUAUCCUGAGAGACAACAACAGGAUGUGCCUUGGAGAAGAGUCUCAGGGUGGAGAAUUUUUGAUUGAAUUCAGAACCUGCAAGCUCAGGGUGAGAAGUCUGGUGGACAUCAGCAGAUUCUGAAGAAACCAAAACUCUGAAAAUACUUCAUCAGAAAUUUCAGACUGGACAGACUCAUAGUGGCUUCUGAGCCAGUGAGACCGAGGCUGCCAAAGCAUGCUGGUGCCAAGCUGUCGGAUGAUGCACGUAGCCAGGCCAGUGGUGGUGCUCCUGUGCUUUCUGCUUUCUGCUGAUGCUGAAACACCGCCAAAGUUUACAAGAACUCCCGUUGAUCAGACAGGGGUCUCUGGAGGAGUCGCAUCAUUCAUCUGCCAAGCUACAGGAGACCCAAGACCUAAAAUUGUCUGGAAUAAAAAGGGAAAGAAAGUCAGCAAUCAGAGAUUUGAGGUAAUAGAAUUUGAUGAUGGAUCUGGAUCAGUUCUCAGAAUACAGCCUCUGCGGACUCCACGAGAUGAAGCUAUUUAUGAAUGCGUUGCUUCCAAUAGUGUUGGAGAAAUAAGUGUGUCCACGAGACUCACUGUUUUACGUGAGGAUCAAAUUCCUCGUGGUUUUCCCACCAUUGAUAUGGGUCCCCAGUUGAAGGUGGUCGAACGCACUCGCACAGCCACUAUGUUAUGCGCAGCCAGCGGCAAUCCUGAUCCUGAAAUAACUUGGUUCAAAGAUUUCUUACCUGUUGACACAAGCAACAAUAAUGGACGUAUCAAACAAUUACGAUCAGGUGCCCUCCAAAUUGAACUGAGCGAAGAAUCUGACCAAGGCAAAUAUGAGUGUGUUGCAACCAACAGUGCGGGUACACGCUAUUCUGCCCCUGCCAAUCUAUAUGUCAGAGAGCUGCGAGAAGUUCGCCGGGUCCCACCAAGGUUCUCUAUCCCACCUACCAAUCAUGAGAUCAUGCCAGGAGGGAGUGUUAACAUCACCUGUGUUGCCGUGGGGUCACCAAUGCCAUAUGUGAAAUGGAUGCUGGGGGCUGAAGAUCUGACGCCCGAAGAUGAUAUGCCAAUAGGGAGGAAUGUCCUUGAGCUUAAUGAUGUCAGGCAGUCUGCAAACUACACUUGUGUUGCUAUGUCCACCCUUGGUGUUAUAGAAGCAAUAGCACAGAUAACUGUCAAAGCCUUACCCAAACCUCCAGGAACUCCUGUGGUGACGGAAAGCACAGCAACAAGCAUAACAUUGACUUGGGAUUCUGGGAACCCUGAGCCAGUCUCUUACUACAUAAUCCAACAUAAACCUAAAAACUCUGAGGAACUGUAUAAAGAAAUUGAUGGGGUGGCUACAACACGCUACAGUGUUGCAGGUCUAAGCCCAUAUUCAGAAUAUGAAUUCAGGGUAGUUGCUGUAAAUAAUAUUGGACGGGGCCCACCCAGUGAGCCAGUAUCAACAAGGACCGCAGAACAAGCACCAUCUAGUGCACCUCGUAGUGUACAGGCUCGUAUGUUGAGCUCAACUACAAUUUUGGUACAAUGGGAAGAACCCGAGGAACCAAAUGGCCAGAUUCAAGGAUACAGAGUUUAUUACACCAUGGACCCCACCCAACAUGUCAACAGCUGGAUGAAACACAAUGUGGCUGACAGCCAUAUCACCACUAUUGGAAAUUUGGUACCACAGAAAACAUAUUCUGUGAAGGUUCUUGCUUUUACUUCUGUCGGGGAUGGACCCCUGUCUACUGACAUUCAAGUCAUCACUCAGACAGGAGUCCCAGGGCAACCACUGAACUUCAAAGCAGAACCUGAAUCUGAAACGAGCAUAUUACUUUCUUGGACCCCUCCCCGCUCUGACACCAUUUCCAGCUAUGAACUGGUUUACAAAGAUGGGGACCAGGGUGAAGAGCAACGUGUUUCUAUUGAGCCAACUACAUCUUACCGCCUGCAAAGCCUGAAGCCAAACAGCUUGUACUACUUCCGUCUGGCUGCCCGCUCUCCACAAGGCCUGGGUGCUUCAACUGCAGAAAUCUCAGCGAGAACCAUGCAGUCAAAGCCAUCAGCUCCUCCUCAAGACAUUAGUUGCACCAGCCCCAGCUCCACUAGCAUUUUGGUAAGUUGGCAACCUCCACCGGUGGAAAAACAGAAUGGCAUUAUCACAGAAUAUUCAAUCAAGUACAUUGGGAUUGAUGGGGAAGAUGACAAGCCCCAUGAAAUUUUGGGAAUUGCUUCGGACACUACUCAGUACCUUUUGGAACAGUUGGAAAAAUGGACUGAAUACCGGAUCUCUGUGACUGCCCACACUGAUGUCGGACCUGGCCCAGAGAGCUUAUCAGUAUUGAUUCGGACAGAUGAAGAUGUUCCUAGUGGUCCUCCUCGCAAAGUCGAGGUAGAGGCUGUCAACUCUACCUCUGUUAAAGUGUCAUGGCGCUCGCCUGUACCCAAUAAGCAGCAUGGUCAGAUCCGAGGAUACCAGGUUCAUUAUGUGAGGAUGGAAAAUGGAGAGCCAAAGGGUCAACCCAUGCUGAAGGAUGUCAUGCUGGCUGAUGCACAGUGGGAAUAUGAUGAUACUGCCGAACAUGAAAUGAUCAUUUCUGGACUACAGCCUGAAACUACAUACUCCCUCACUGUGACAGCCUACACAACAAAAGGAGACGGAGCACGUAGCAAGCCCAAACUAGUGUCUACCACCGGUGCAGUUCCAGGAAAACCUCGGCUUGUGAUUAGCCACACACAGAUGAACACGGCUCUUAUUCAGUGGCACCCUCCUGUCGAUACCUUUGGCCCCCUGCAGGGUUACCGCCUGAAGUUUGGCCGCAAAGAUUUGGAUAUGUUUACAACGCUGGAGUUCUCAGAGAAAGAAGACCACUUCACAGCCACAGACAUUCACAAAGGAGCUUCUUAUCUCUUCAGGCUUUCAGCUAGAAAUAAAGUGGGCUAUGGGGAGGAGAUGGUAAAAGAGAUUUCUAUUCCAGAAGAGGUACCCAAUGGAUUCCCUCAGAACCUCCAUUCAGAAAGCUCCACCUCUACGUCGGUCCAAUUAACUUGGCAGCCACCGGUCUUAGCAGAGCGAAAUGGCAUUAUCACCAAAUAUACCCUGCUGUACAGAGAUAUCAAUGUUGCACACCACCCAAUUGAGCUCCCCAUUGUUCCCGCUGAUACCACUAUGACACUUUCUGGCUUAAAACCAGAUACUACAUAUGAUGUAAAAGUACGUGCCCACACGAGCAAAGGGCCCGGUCCAUAUAGUCCAAGUGUCCAGUUCAGGACACUGCCCGUGGAUCAAGCAGUGUUUGCAAAAAAUUUUCAUGUAAAAGCAGUAAUGAAGACGUCAGUAUUACUGUCUUGGGAGAUUCCAGAGAAUUACAAUUCUGCCAUGCCUUUCAAAAUCCUUUACGAUGAUGGGAAAAUGGUGGUUGAGGUGGAUGGUCGAGCCACUCAGAAACUUAUCACUAACUUGAAGCCAGAGACAUCGUAUUCCUUUGUUCUGACGAAUAGGGGGAACAGUGCUGGAGGUCUUCAGCACAGGGUUACAGCAAAGACUGCACCAGAUGUACUGCGCACCAAGCCAGUCUUCAUUGGGAAGACCAACUUAGAUGGGAUGAUAACUGUGGAACUUCCUGAAGUACCUGCAAAUGAGAAUAUAAAAGGUUAUUAUAUAGUAAUUGUGCCUUUGAAGAAGUCUCAUGGAAAGUUUAUCAAACCAUGGGAAAGUCCGGAUGAAAUGGAAUUAGAUGAGCUGCUUAAGGAGAUAGUUAGGAAACGCAGAAGCAUUCGUUUUGGGAGAGAAGUUGAAUUAAAGCCAUACAUUGCAGCUCACUUUGAAGUUCUUCCUACUGAGUUCACCCUGGGGGAUAAAAAGCAGUAUGGUGGCUUUGAGAAUAAGCAACUCCAAAGCGGUCAAGAAUAUGUCUUCUUUGUUUUGGCUGUAAUGGAGCACUCUGAAUCUACCAUGUAUGCAACCAGCCCAUAUUCUGAUCCUGUUGUGUCAAUGGAUCUCGAUCCCCAGCCAAUUACAGAUGAAGAAGAAGGCUUGAUUUGGGUUGUAGGACCGGUUCUCGCAGUGGUGUUUAUCAUCUGCAUUGUUAUAGCUAUACUUCUUUAUAAAAGGAAGAGGGCUGAAUCCGACUCUAGAAAAAGCAGCAUACCCAACAGCAAGGAAAUUCCUUCUCAUCAUCCCACAGAUCCGGUGGAGCUGCGACGCCUUAAUUUUCAAACUCCAGGUAUGGCUAGCCAUCCUCCAAUACCUAUCUUGGAACUUGCAGAUCACAUUGAAAGAUUGAAAGCUAAUGACAAUUUGAAGUUCUCACAAGAAUAUGAGUCAAUUGACCCUGGCCAGCAGUUCACGUGGGAGCAUUCUAACCUGGAAGUAAACAAACCAAAGAAUAGAUAUGCAAAUGUAAUUGCAUAUGACCAUUCUCGUGUUCUACUUUCAGCAAUAGAAGGCAUACCUGGAAGUGACUAUGUCAAUGCCAACUACAUAGAUGGUUACAGAAAGCAGAAUGCUUACAUAGCAACACAAGGGGCUCUCCCAGAAACUUUUGGAGAUUUCUGGAGAAUGAUGUGGGAGCAACGGGGUGCAACUGUAGUCAUGAUGACAAAACUGGAGGAAAGGUCCAGGGUGAAGUGUGAUCAGUAUUGGCCAAGCAGAGGGACAGAGACAUAUGGGCUGAUCCAAGUGACCCUGCUAGACACUGUUGAAUUGGCAACGUACUGUGUUCGAACAUUUGCACUUUACAAGAAUGGUUCAAGUGAGAAAAGAGAAGUGCGGCAAUUCCAGUUCACUGCCUGGCCUGACCACGGAGUUCCAGAACAUCCUACACCAUUCCUAGCUUUCCUACGACGAGUCAAAACUUGUAACCCUCCUGAUGCUGGACCUAUGGUGGUGCAUUGCAGUGCUGGAGUCGGCAGGACUGGCUGCUUCAUUGUAAUAGAUGCCAUGUUAGAAAGAAUAAAGCAUGAAAAGACUGUAGAUAUUUAUGGCCACGUAACUCUAAUGAGAGCCCAGAGGAAUUACAUGGUUCAAACAGAGGACCAAUACAUCUUUAUCCAUGAUGCACUGCUGGAAGCAGUGACAUGUGGAAAUACCGAAGUGCCAGCCAGAAAUCUGUAUGCAUAUAUUCAGAAGCUGACACAGAUAGAAACAGGAGAGAAUGUCACAGGAAUGGAACUGGAAUUUAAGCGUCUGGCUAGCUCUAAAGCUCAUACUUCAAGAUUCAUCAGUGCCAAUCUUCCAUGUAAUAAAUUCAAAAAUCGCCUUGUUAAUAUUAUGCCAUAUGAAUCAACGAGGGUAUGUUUGCAGCCGAUCCGAGGAGUAGAAGGCUCUGAUUAUAUCAAUGCCAGUUUUAUUGAUGGAUACAGGCAACAAAAAGCUUACAUAGCUACACAGGGACCUUUGGCAGAGACAACUGAAGAUUUCUGGAGGAUGCUCUGGGAGCAUAACUCCACAAUCGUAGUCAUGCUUACUAAACUGCGAGAAAUGGGCAGAGAAAAAUGCCACCAGUACUGGCCAGCAGAGCGUUCAGCCAGAUAUCAGUACUUUGUGGUGGAUCCCAUGGCAGAGUACAACAUGCCACAGUAUAUCCUAAGGGAAUUCAAGGUCACAGAUGCCAGGGAUGGCCAGUCCCGAACAGUGAGGCAAUUCCAGUUCACUGACUGGCCAGAACAAGGAGUGCCAAAGUCUGGAGAAGGAUUUAUUGACUUCAUAGGCCAAGUUCAUAAAACAAAAGAGCAGUUUGGUCAGGAUGGACCGAUCUCUGUUCAUUGUAGUGCAGGUGUUGGGAGGACUGGAGUAUUCAUAACCCUGAGCAUCGUGUUGGAAAGAAUGAGAUAUGAAGGUGUUGUAGAUAUCUUCCAGACAGUCAAAAUGUUAAGGACACAACGGCCAGCCAUGGUACAGACAGAGGAUCAAUACCAGUUUGGCUAUCGAGCCGCACUGGAAUAUCUGGGCAGCUUUGAUCACUAUGCAACGUAAAACCCCCUGACCCAUCCUGGAUUUUUACUGCAGGCCCUUUAAGAUCCAGAGAGCCUCUUCUGAGCCAUACAGUGUGCUUGAGAAGUACUUCUUAACUCCUAGCUAAAGACCAAUUAGUGGGAAUAUUAAAAAAAAACAAAAAACCACCCACACACACACACAAAACAACCCAAGAACUAUUCCAGGUGGACCAAGAAUUCACAGUUUAAUAACCUAACCAGAAAUAUAAUAAAAGAAUCCUGACUGGUGAGGCGUCUGAAGGAUCUCAUUUACAGAUACCUCAAGGAUUCAACUUUGGUUGAAAUUAAAGGGAAGAGGAAAUUAUUGCAAAGAACCAUCAUCUUGUUCAGGAUUGCAUGAUUGUUGCAAAGAUGAAUCUUGAGAGUACUGCAAUUCAGUGCAAGAUGUUUGUUAAAAGGCCGGUACCUGGCUUCUUAAAACAAAACGGACUCUUUGCUUCAACAUCACCCCUUCCCACCAUAAUGCUCAUAAUAACACUUUAGGGGAAAUGGGGGAAUGUUUAAAAAGAAAGUCCUUGAUUUAGUUUUUUAGUAUUGUAAAGAUACUGCUGACCUGUGCUUCAUUUUUAACUGUGUAAACUUUUUCCUUUUUUUAACAAGAGUUUAUCAUUUGAUGAAGUGAAUUUAAAAAAAAAGUUGCAUAACUGUUCAUUUUUUGUUUCAGAAUUGUAGAUUUUUUUUAAGCUGUAGAACUGUUAUCUGUAAUAUCUUGCUGUAGAAAUGUUAAAUAAUUUGAAAAUUUGCACAUUUUUGUGCAGUCCUAUAUUUAUCUACAGUACCACAUUCUUCUUAGAUAUUACAGUUUGGUUUAAUUUUGUUUUUAUUUUAAAAAGAAAUACUCUUAAUCAGUUAAUCAAAGUGGGGCUUUUUUGGUUUCUUUUGGAAUCAACAGGGAGGCGCAAAGUAUAAAGCUGCUACUAACACACACACACACACACACUGCUCUCUUUAUAAUUCUCUAUCCAUAUCUAUCUCUAGAUAUAUCUACAGAUAUACAGACAGAUAGAUAGAUACACAUAGAUGCAUCAGUUCUUCCAUGACUUGGAUUUAUUGAAGUGGUGGGAAAGUUUUCCAGAAUACUACAUUCAACCCAUAUGGUACUUUUUGAACAUCUCUGCAUUUCCAAAGUCCAUAGCUUUUUGGUAAGAAGGGAAAUGAGGAAUGCACAUCAGUGAUAUUUGACCCUCACCCCGACUCAAAAAAAAAAAAAAGAUUGUUUAUAAACACACAGUCACACAUUAUGUGGUUGAGGCUUCCAGUGAAGUUCAAUAUUUGUAACACUAUAGUGCAAUAACAAACCAUAUUAUUAAGUAUAGGAGGUGUGCAUGUGGAAAAGGUCAGUGCAUAUCCCUUUAGGAGGGGAGAAUGUUGUAAUAUAGCUAUCAAGAUGUUUAAAAGUGUAUUCAGUCAUAUAUUGUCUAUAGUAUGUGCUAUGAAAUUUGCAUUUAGGAUGUGUUACAGGGCAAAGCCAAACUCAUGUUGCUCUGUUAAUAAACUAAAAAUAUUUUGUGGCAUACAGCAUUAUUUAGAGAUGCUGGUUUUUAUUUUUAUUUCACAUUUAGAGUGCCUUAUAUUUGAUGCCUAUUUUGAUAGCAUAUCUUUAAGUUUUGUUAUGUCUGUAUUUACAUUAGUUACUUCAUAUCUUUGCUACUCUUUUCAAUUAAAGCAUUAUCUUUUUAGCACAUGUACAAAAACACUUUGAAUAAUACGCAUUCCUGGUUUUUAACCGAAUAUGGGAUGUUAAUAAAUGCAAGCCCAAAACAUUUGGGUAGUCAGGGCCCUUUAUCCUUUCAUAACUCCAACAACAGACAUGCCCACUACUUUAAGGUUCCUUCCAAAUUGGCUCUCAUAAACCACAGUGUUGAUGAUUACAGUAUUGCCAUUGCGGAGAUGUAGGACUGCACUAGUAGUAAGUAGUAGUUGUUGUUAGCAGUACUCAUGCAUCAUUCCUUUCAAAUCCUGCUCACUGUACACGUCAGUAGGCCCACUGAAGUCAAAUUAUUGGUCGCAAUGGGAGCGUUAGUAUGGGUAAGGCAAGCAGGAUUUAGCCCUCAGAAUAUGCUUUAAAAUGACUUUAGAUUUCCAUUUGAGAGAAAAAAAUUCUUUAAACAAUGUUAAAUAUUUUCUGAGACUCUAGCUGAAGCCAUUUACAGUGGCCCAGGUCUCUGUCAUGCCUUGUUCCAUGUUAGCACACAAAAAUCAAAGGAACUCUUUCUUUCAGGUGUCAGAUAAGAACCAUACGUAUAGUUCAGCUAUGUUGGUGUAACAUACAGGAUUUAUUUUUUCUUCCAUAUUUCCCAUCACUAGUAGAAAGAAAUGUAUGAAAGACCAAACACUAGCAAGCAUUGUAUUUGAGCACUUUUGUAGAAAAAAAAACAAAACAAAACAAAAAACAAAUAUAAAUAUAUAUAUAAUAAUAAUAAUAAAAGUAUUAUAGAAGGCUACCUCAAGAACGAAAUUCAUUAACUUAUAUCAGAACCAGAGAAGAAUGUGCACUAUGUUUCUUUUUUUCUUCUUUUUGAUUUGUAUCUUUUGAAGAAUUAUUAAAGUGCCAGAUUACGUAGUGCAGUCAUGUUCUUUUAGCCAAAUGUAGUCAGAUAUACACACCAUUUUAGAAGCACAGACUAGGGAGGGCUGUUGCACACCAGAGCUGUUAACAGGUCAGAGGCUUCUCUCCAUGAAACUUUUGCAAAUUCUAAAGAAAAAGGGAAAAAAUCAGAAAUAAAUAGUGAGGGAAAGUAUUGUAGGACAAAUGAGACUGCAAAUAUUCCAGUAAUCUUGCUGUUGAGGAGUUGUUUCUAAAGAUAACUGUUAGCAUCAUUGAUGUGCAUUCCACUUUCUGUACACUAAUGUAUAGUCAUUCUAUAGUUAAUUUAAAGAAGAAGCAUCUUUAUCUGCAUUUACCAUAAUCUUCCAAGCUUAGAAUUGAUUUCAUCAGCAUAACCAGUACGGUGCUAUUAUUUACCUAUGUAUGUGUAGUUAUGUAUAAUUUUGUAAUUAGUUACAAUGGAAAAAAGACUCAAAAUAUAUAAAAAUGAUUUGUACAGAACUUUAUUUUAGCUCUUUUUUUAAAAAUGAUUGCAUGGUUAGACAAUGGAGAGGCUGGCUGGGGGAAGGGAGGGCCCUCUAGGGAGAUCUGCACUUUCUAUACCUUUGUACUAUGCACUGCCCUAUUGAUUCUACACCCAAUAAUGUUAUUACUUGAACCCAUCUGUAAGAAACUGCUUAUGAAAAUCCACUUAUGUGUAUGUAAAUAACACAGAACAUGUAAAAAUGGGGAGGGGAGUUUGCAACAACAACAAAUGCAACAGCUUUUUUUUCCUUUUAUUCUUCCUUCCUUCCUUUUUUUUUCUUUAUUUUUCUUCUUUUUUUUGUUUUUGUUUUUGUUGGUUGGUUGAUUGGUUUUUUUUGUUUGGGGUGCCCUGAUACUCCAGCAGAUAUCAGAAGGCUGCAAGUCCCGUCAUCCCCAUCUGUUACGUGGCUUUGCCAUUCAAGCUUGGAGUGUCUUUACAAAGAUAAUAAAAGUUGUGUUCUUUGCUCUCGUUUUGGAUGCAUAGACUGAAAAAUUAAAAAAAAAUUACCUUGUAAAAUGGCUUGUUAAAAAAAAUACAAUUACCUCUAAUUAGUAGUACGCGUAAAUGUUUUACAGAAUGAAAGGCGUGCUUUUUAUUUUCUUACUUCGUUACAUUGGUGGCGAAAGAAAGUCUGUAUGAAAAUCAGUUCUUUGCUGACACAAGUUCCAUUUGUUACAAAUGAAUUCUAAUAAAAAUGUCAGUGUUAUGCA